AUGUCACGCGUAUCCGACCUCGAGGGGGACGUCAAGUCAAAACUUGACGUCAAUCACGUUGAGCACACGGAUGCAGACUACAGCCGCAAUAUCGACGCAAAAAUCCGCAAUCCACUCAUCGGAGUCUCGAAGACAGAUCUUCGCGUUCAGGUGUCUGGAUUCUGCCGCGAGUAUGGCUUCCGCGAAAAAGAGGAAGUCUUUUAUCGCGGCGCUCUCGCAGCUCAAAACCCAGAGACGUACGAUUCGUUCGAAGAACUGACUGAGGACGACAAAAAUGUGCUCCGCCGGGAGGUCACCCACAAAUGGCAUCUUCCCCGGGACCUCUACUGGAGCAUCGCCCUCUGCUCACUCGGCUCUGCUAUCCAGGGAUGGGAUAACACGGGUGCCAACGGCGCCAACCUCUCUUUCCCUCAAGAGUUCGGUAUCGUGGACAGGCAGGCACUAGUUGGUGUCAUCAACGCCGGCCCGACCUUGUUCGGUCUCCUGAGCGCAUGGGCUGCCGACCCUAUUAACAACUACCUGGGUCGCCGCGGAACCAUCUUUUUGACCGGUCUGUUUUGUGUGUUUCCCGUUCUUGCCCAGGCUUUUACGCAGAAUUGGUGGGGCCUCUUGAUUUGCCGUUUGUUUAUGGGCCUAGGAAUGGGAGUCAAGAUUUCAACAAUUCCGGUAUACUCGGCCGAGGUUGCGCCUGCUGCUAUUCGCGGCGGAAUCGUCACUAGCUUCCAGCUGUGGGUGGCUUUCGGUAUCUUCGUCGGCUUCUGCUCCAACUUGAUAUGGUUUCGUAUCGGCGAUUUAGCAUGGAGAUUCCAGUUGGGUGCCGCAUUUGCUCCUGCUAUUCCAGUUCUUAUCUUUGUUUGGUUCUGCCCUGAAUCUCCUCGUUGGUUGAUGAAAAAAGGUCGCUACCAAGAGUCCUUCAAAUCCUUCUGUCGCCUUCGGAAUACCGAAAUGAUGGCUGCCAGAGAUUUGUACUAUGCCCAUAGGCAAGUCAUUGAAGAAAAAGACGCGUUCGGUGGCCAGACGCUUUUACGGCGAGUGACCGAUCUGCUUGUCAUUCCCCGCCUCCGCCGUGCAACCAUCGCCUCAUCUUGGAUAGUAAUUUCGCAACAAUUCAGCGGGAUUAACAUCAUGGCCUUUUACUCUUCGACAAUCUUUGAGCAAGCUGGCUAUUCCGCCCAACAAUGUCUCCUCGCCUCUAUGGGAUUCGGCCUCGUCAUGUUUGUCUUCGCCUUCCCGGCGCCUCGGGCCUUUGCUUCCUUAUCAAUCAAGGUUUAA